AUGAAGUACAUCCACAGCUCCGAGUCGCUGACCAUCCCCGAGGGUGUGAAGGUCUCCAUCAAGACGAGGGUUGUCACCGUUGAGGGUCCCCGCGGCAAGCUCACCAAGGACCUCGGCCACCUCGCGGUUUCCUUCACCCACCCGAAGAAGGACCUCAUCAACAUUGAGCUCCACCAUGGCAGCCGCAAGAGCGUCGCCACUCUCCGCACCGUCCGCACCAUCAUCAACAACCUGAUCAUCGGUGUUACCAAGGGCUUCAAGUACAAGAUGCGCUACGUCUACGCCCAUUUCCCCAUCAACGUCAACAUCGAGAAGAACAAGGAGACUGGCCUGUUCGAGGUUGAGAUCCGCAACUUCUUGGGCGAGAAGUACGUCCGCAGGGUCGUUAUGCACCCUGGUGUCGACGUCGAGGCGUCGAAGAACGUCAAGGAUGAGCUCCAGCUCACCGGCAGCGACCUCGAGAACGUUUCCCAGAGCGCCGCAGACAUCCAGCAGAUCUGCCGUGUGAGGAACAAGGAUAUCCGUAAGUUCUUGGAUGGUCUGUACGUCUCAGAGAAGGGCAACAUCAUUGAGGAGUAA